AUGGAAAGUCGAGGGGAAUCCCGGAGCUCCAGAGCUAGUGACUCGCCCGGAGAUACUAUGAAUGAUGUAUACACGGCCUGGCAUGAAAUGCUAGAAAGUGAAGGUGCUGGGCUGGCGGCGCGGGUUGCUGAACUAGAGGUCAGGUGUUCAAGACAAGCCGAGGAGCUGCUGUGUCUGAGGUCCACUCUCGCUGAUGCUCUGCGAAGACUGAACGCGAUCGAGGGUAGGACACCUACUACCACUUCCAGUACAACACAAAGAAAUGGAGGUACUUACACUGCACCAACAGGCACUCCUACUAGAGAACUGAGGAUCCGACAGCCGACGUACAGGGAAUCAGUAAAACGUACUUCGAGCUACGGGUCCAAUGCAUCUUCUUUAUCACAGAGGCGAGGUCCACAGCAUCAGUCAACUGGUUCUCUCCAGUCUGACUCGCCAGCGUCCUCGUCUUCUCUAUCACCAGCCCCGUCUCCAUCCCCUCGGGCCACCCCCGCACCACCACAUCUUAAUUACAGAUCGCGCAAUAACUCCUCAAGCAGCACCCCGACUACCACCAGCCUCACCAAGAGAUGGAACAGCACCGGGGACUUCAACACACAGGGACUGCUGCCAACCUCCAGGUUUACAAGCACCAAGUCCUUGCUAAAUUUGUAUUCUAAGCCAUCACAAAAUGGACCUAUCUUGAAACAUGGCACCCACACCUGUCAGUACAAUGAGGAAGAAGGGUCCAUGAGGAUGUUCAUCAGGGGUCGGCCGGUGGUGAUGUACGGCCCCAGCGACCACGAAAACUUGGACCUGGCGAAGGUAGCGCCGCCGCCGCAGAGCAAGCUCAAGUUAGAAUGGGUCUAUGGAUACAGAGGCAAGGAUUGCAGGAGUAACCUGUACAUGCUGCCGACUGGAGAAAUGGUUUACUUCGUAGCAGCAGUUGUGGUGCUGUUCAAUGUAGAGGAGCAGUGCCAGAGACACUACACGGGACACACUGAUGACGUUAAGAGUCUCGCUAUACAUCCCAACAAGCUGAUCAUAGCGAGCGGGCAAUGCGCGGGACACGACCGACUUGACGCCAGGCCUCACGUCCGUGUAUGGAACUCCGUAUCCCUGGCUACACUAGCGGUGAUAGGUGUUGGGAGCUUGGAGCGUGCGGUCAGCUGCCUCAGCUUCUCACGAGCUGAUGGAGGGACGCUACUCGCUGUCGUGGAUGAGGGCGCGGAUAGAGUGCUGUCCGUGUGGGACUGGCAGCGGGCGGAUAGAGGAUGUCUGGCUGAGACCAAGUGUUCCGUGGACACGGUGAUAGCAGCCGAGUUCCACCCUCUAGAUCGCAACCAGCUCGUGACGUGUGGUAAAGGACACAUCGCCUUUUGGACCCUGGACGCGUCCAACGUGCUCUACAAACGGAUGGGAGUGUUCGACACCAGGGACAAACCUAAAUACGUCACGUGUCUUGGAUUCAACCAUAACGGUGACGUCAUAUCCGGUGACUCAUCGGGUUCAUUGACCUUGUGGUCCCGUGGUACCUCAGUAGCGUCCCGUACAGUCCGUGGCGCUCAUUCGGGUGGUGUUUUCUCUGUGUGUUCGCUGAGAGAAGGCGGGCUGCUGUCUGCGGGGGGCAAGGAUGGAAGGAUAGUACUCUUCGAUGAUGAACUGAAUGCGACCGGCACGGAGGCUAUCAUCGAGGGUCACUACGGCGGAGUGCGCGUGUUGUCGGAGGGUCGCGGCCGGCUGCUCGUAGGCACCACCAGGAACUGUAUCCUCGUGGGAGACAUGCAGCUGGGCUUCACUCCCGCUGUACUCGGUCACGUGGACGAGGUGUGGGGCCUGGCGACUCACCCCAGCCUGCCUCAGUUCGUGUCCGCGGGCUGGGACCGGCUGCUGCAGCUGUGGGACGGAAUGAGUCACUCUACCGUUUGGAGCAAGGACAUUGAUGAGCGCGCCCAGUGCUGCGCGUGGUCGUCAGACGGCGGCGUGGUGGCUGUGGGCGGCUGUUCAGGGAGGUGGAUGGUGUACGACCCGCACACGAGGGCGCUGCUAGCGGAUCACAGGGACGGGUCGGAGCCGAUCCAGACUAUUGUGUAUUCACCUAACAACCAAAUGGUUGCGCUUGGUGCAAGAGAUAACUUCAUCUACAUCUACCAAGUGGAUGAUCAGGGAGCAAGAUACUCCAGGCUGGGGAAAUGUGUUGGCACGGAGAAAAAACGUAGACGGGGUCAUUCGAGCUUCAUAACUCACCUGGAUUGGUCUGAGGACAGCCAAUACCUGAGAAGCAAUUCCGGAGACUAUGAGUUGUUGUAUUGGAACGCGAGCACGUGCCGCCAGGUGACGUCACCGACUUCGAUGCGUGACGUCACGUGGGCGACCAACCACUGCCCGAUCACGUUCACCACCGUGGGCGUGUGGCCAGAGGGCGCUGACGGGACGGACAUCAACUCAUGUGACAAGUCCAGCGACAGCCGCCUGGCGGUGACCGGAGACGACUUCGGAAAAGUGAAACUGUACGCUUACCCCGUCACACAACCCAAGAGCGUGUGUGCUACAUACGGCGGUCACUCAUCCCACGUAUCGUGUGUCCGUUUUUCGUGUGACGGGUCGCGGGUGUUGUCUGCGGGGGGUAGGGACGCCGCUCUACUACAAUGGGCCGUCGAGUGA